UCUGUAGCUAAAAAUCCCUAAAUCCCCCUCAUUCAAACAAACAAACAAUACCAUCACGGUUAUAGUGCGGUGCCGUGUGUGUGCUUAACUGAUAUGUUUAAAUUAUAACUGCGAUAUUCAUUUUCUUGUAUUUUAUAUUAGCAGUCAAACAUGUCGUCCAGUGAUUUUUAUCUAAGAUAUUAUGUUGGCCAUAAAGGAAAAUUUGGUCAUGAAUUUCUUGAAUUUGAAUUCAGACCAGACGGUAAAUUGAGAUAUGCAAAUAAUUCAAAUUACAAAAAUGAUACAAUGAUUCGCAAAGAGGCAUAUGUACAUAAAUGUGUCAUGGAAGAACUUAAGAGAAUAAUUGAAGACUCUGAAAUAAUGAAGGAAGAUGACAAUUUGUGGCCUCAACCUGAUCGUGUUGGUCGUCAAGAACUUGAGAUUGUAAUGGGAGAUGAACAUGUUUCUUUUACAACUUCAAAAAUAGGAUCAUUAGUUGAUGUCAAUCAGAGCAAAGAUCAAGAUGGUCUACGAUGCUUUUAUUAUCUUGUGCAAGAUCUGAAAUGUCUUGUGUUUUCUCUUAUUGGCCUUCAUUUCAAGAUUAAACCUAUAUAAAUUGUGUUUCUCUGUAUCAUCAAUUCAUCAUAAUUCAUUCUUUCUCAAUAAACUGAUCAUAACAGUUA